AUGCAACUGAUCAAUUGGAAAUACUCUCUUUACCAUAACAUCUGGGAGUAUGCCCGCUGCACGUCUGCUGCUCCGUCCUACUUUCAUCCGUACAAGCAGUUCCUGGAUGGAGGCUUGAUGUCCAACAAUCCAACCCUGGACAUUCUCACAGAUAUCCAUCAGUUUAUCAAACCAUUGCCGCAAAUGCAAAAUGCUGAAAGGAAUGAUUCACCAUUGCCAAAAAUGCAAAAUGCUGAAAGGAAUGAUUCACCAUUUCCGCAAAUGCAAAAUACUGAAAAUAAUGAUUCACCAUUGCCGCAAAAUGCUGAAAGGAAUGAUUCACCAUUGCCGAAAAUGCAAAAUUCUGAAAGGAAUUAUUCAUCAUUGCCGCAAAUGCAAAAUGCUGAUAAUAACGAUUCACCAUUGCCGCAAAUGCGAAAUGCAGAAAGGAAUGAUUCACCAUUAUCGAAAAUGCUAAACGGUGGCAAGAAUGAUCCACCAUUGCCGCACGUCCAAAAAGCUGACAAAAAUUAUCAGCCAUUGCCGAAAAUGCAUAACGGUUACAAGAAUUAUCCACCAUUGCCGCAAAUGCAAAAUGGCGACAAGGAGGAUAGUAAAGUUGACGAGGCUGACGAUGCCAAAAGUCAAAUGUUUGUAGAAGUUCCAGUCCGCUAUCUGGACGUGGUUGUUUCUGUCGGUUGCGGAUAUUCUAACUACGUAAAACAAUCAACACCAGACCCACACUGGCCAGACUUGUCGGAUAUAAUACGCCAUCCACAAGAGAAGUAUAGAUUGCUCACUGAGACAAAAAGGUUUUUCAAAAGCCUCCUAGAACAGGUGUCCAUAUCUUACGGCCAACCGACGUAUCGUGCCAGAGAUUUUUGCAAAUUGAUGAAUGUGCCGUUCUACCGGUUCUCUCCGCUCCUCUCGGAAAAUGUGCCUCUUGACUGUGUGGAUGAAAAGAGGAUCGAGAGAAUGCUUCAGGACACGCAUUCCUACAUCGAGGACCCGAAGAAUCAGCAGAGGAUUAAAGAACUCGCAGCCCGCUUGAAAAGAUUCCCAUAA